AUGUCUGGGAGGAAGGAGGUUAGGAGGGACGCCAGCAAAAAGCAUGAUGGCAUGAGAGGGGAAAACACCACCCCCCCAAUCAGCAGUCAAGACACCUCCCCUCAGCCCCCCAACAGUGGCAAAGCUUCCCCCCAGCCCCCCAUCGAUGAGCCCGACCCCCGGUCGGUAACAGAUGUGAGCCAGUCUGCACAGGCAGAACAGAUCAGGCAGACUUACACUAAGGAGGCAGUAGACAGCCACACCAACAAAGGGCUUGAGGAAGAGGCAGAAGAGGAGGAAUCAGAAUUGGGACGACUUCUUCGUGAGUUCGAGAAGGACCUUCAGAGAGUGGAAAGCCGAAUGCAAGUACUUGAUGACUGGCUGUCUGAUGAAGAUGAGGAGGAGGCAGAAGAGGAGAAGGCAGAAGUAGAUAUCCUCGUAGGUGAAGCGGACAUGGACCUUCAGAGAGCGGUGCAGGCUGAGGCACAGCAGGGAGCUGCACAGAUGGCCACAACAAUGGAGCAUCAGGUGCAGGCUGAGGCACAGCAGGGAGCUGCACAGAUGGCCACAACGAUGGAGCAUCAGGUGCAGGCUGAGGCACAGCAGGGAGCUGCACAAAUGGGCACAAUGAUGGGGCAUCAGGUGCAGGCUGAGGCACAGCAGGGAGCUGCACAAAUGGGCACAAUGAUGGUGCAUCAGGUGCAGGCUGAGGCACAGCAGGGAGCUGCACAGAUGGCCACAACGAUGGAGCAUCAGGUGCAGGCUGAGGCACAGCAGGGAGCUGCACAGUUGGGCACAACGAUGGUGCAUCAGGUGCAGGCUGAGGCACAGCAGGGAGCUGCACAGAUGGUGCAUCAGGUCCUGGAUGAAAUGGAGACGCUUAACAAGAACCAUCUUCAGCAGUCUGACCAGGAAACUGACGUGCUGCAGUACUUCCCAAGCUUCCAUGGAACCAAGGAGGAGCAGCUACAGGAAGAGCUGGAGCAGAUGGAGUUCAUGAAGAAUGAGGCACAGUGCCAGCUGGAGCACGAGAAGGAGAAGAACCAGAAACUGCAAGAACAGUUGGACAGUGUCUCUGGUGUGGUCAAUGAACUGAAUGAUUCCCUGCGCCAAACAACAAGGACACUUGAAUCCCAACAGGCAGCCCACUGGGAGGCAGAAGACCAACUAAAGAAGAAACUCCGAGAGAGCCAGGAGAAGUUGGAUUGUACCAACAAGGGAAUCUACAGUGCCGACGAGCGAUUAUGUUCCAUGGACGUGAUUAUGAACCUUCAGAUGAAAGAGCUGUCGGAGCAGGGUGCGUAUCUUGAGGCGUUGAGGAGGAAGUACAUAAGACUACGGGAAGAGCACAACAACAUGAUCAACAUCAACAGUAGGAAAGCCGACAUAACUAUCAAGGAACUCCAGGCCGCACUUCAGCAUGCGUACAGCUACCUCAGGCCCAAGAACUCAACACCACCUGGACACCGGACACUUGCAGUAACGAAGCCCAGCAUCGUCUCCUUUGAUCCUUCCUCCGAACAUAGGCUCGCUGUUUUAGCACCUGAAGUGUUCUCCUUGGAACCCCCCUCCUCUCAGUGCCAGUUGGAUCAUGUGACCAACCUGAAGCUGCAGCCCACUAGGUGCAAUGGUGGUGGCGACUUGGAGCUGGAUGCAUUUGAGGUAGUUCGCCUGGAGUCAGAGCUGGUAGCAGAGAGGCUGCUCCUUGAAGACUUGACCCAUGCGAAUAAGAGCUUGAAGGAAGACCUGGACAAGGCGCAGAAAAAAUACAGCACCACAAGGGCAGAUCUCUUGAACAAGGACAACAAGAUCAAAGAUCUUCACACACAGCUACAAAGGUAGGUCAACAAUCUUCAGGGUCUUUCUGUUUCCUCUCAAUUCAACUUUUUCUUUUAAAGACUAGGGG